GAUCAAUUACUGUAGCUACCUCAUUGAUCGCAUUUCCGGAGAAAGUAAAAGUAGGUGUUACCAGAAUGUUUAAGAGGUUGCUGAACAGAAAAGAUGAAAAGGCUUCAUCUCAAGGGGUCUCCAGCCAAAUUGAUGAGGCACAGGGGUUUGUAUGUCCUAUUUGUAUGAUAUCUCUUCAAUCUGCUGAGGGAUUGCAGCAACACUUUGAAGAUGCUCAUGAUGAAAAUAAACAACACCAAGGGGAAGGUUUUUUGUGUCCCAUAUGCAAGAUAUCACUGUCAUCCCCAGAAGAACUUCAGGCUCAUUUUGACUCCAAACAUGAUGAUAAGUCUGUUGCAACUGAAAACAGAGAUGGGGAUGUUCUUGCAAUGAGACAAGAAAUUGAUGAUUUGAAAACAUCAUUAAAGGAAGAGAGAUGGUACACAGGAGAAUUGAAAAAAGAACUUGAAAAGAUUCCGAGCGAAGGAGGCACUAAAGCUAUUCCCUUGUCAAUACAGGAGAGAUCAGAGUUAGAGAUGAUGAGGCUACAACUAAAAGGUUCAGAAGAAAGUCGCACACUGUUGAGUGCUGAAGUUCAUCAUCUUCAAUCCAAAAUAUCAGAGAUAAGCAGUAAGCUGGAAAAUGAAACAAUGGAAAAAGAAAAGCUGCUGAAUAAUUUUGAGAAAUUGAAUUCUGAGUGGAUUGCAAUAAAAGCCAGGUCCAAUGAAUUAGAGGGACAGAGAGGAGCACAUGAAGAUCACAUUUUGACCUUGAAGCAACAAGUAGAACAGAAGGAUGAUAAGAUAAAGAGUUUGGAAAUCCAGUUAAAUCAAAGACCCGGAACUGAGGAUGUUCUUGUUUUGAAGCAGGAGCUGAUUUCUGUGCAAAAGCUGAUGGACAACAUGACCCUAGAAAAAGAAAAUGAAAUGAGAGAAUUGGAAAGAAAAAUGACUGACUUAGAAGAUAAACACAAAAAAGAACUAAAAAAAAUCAGAGAGUUAGAAUAUCAGCUUGAAGGAGCACCCAAUUUGGAGGAAAUUCUAUCAUUAAAGACUACAGUUUCUGAGAAAUCAAAACACAUAGAAAAACUUCUUGCUGAAAUCAAAGAAAAAGACACAAAAAUAAGUUGCAUGGUACAAGAAAACAUAAAGAUGCAGUCUGCCAUGGAAACCCAAAACUCACAGAUAGCAGAUCUUGAACUGCAACUGAGUACAGUGACAAAUCACUACCAAACUGAGUGUACAACCUCCGAUGAAUUAAAGACAAAUCUUCGAGAGAAAAUCCAGCUACUAGAAGAAGAAGCAAGAAGAGCUUCUGUUAAAGAGCAGAGAUUAACAGAAAUGGAAUCCAGACAACAUUUACUAGUUGCCGAAAUUGACAGACUAGGAAUGGAAAGAACUGAUCUUAUUGCCAAGAUUGACGCUGGAGAAGGAACAGAAACAGUAAUUAACCAGUUAAAGCAUGAAAAGACCUUACUACAAAACAAAAUAUCACAACUUGAGCAUUCAUUAGAUGAACAGAAAUCAGACAGUGAACACAAAAUCGAAAAUCUUCAUAGAGAAUUAAAUGAAGUGAAAGGGGAGUUACAAACAACAGGAGAUUUAUUACACAAACAGAAAUCUGCCUUUGAAGAAAAGGCUGAAAAACUGCACACUGUACGGCUGAAACUUCAUCAGCUAGAGAUUGAAUCUCAGUCAAAGAUUGAGCAGCUUACAACAGCUGAAGAAGCUGUGAUAUGCGAGAGAAAUGAAAUACAGAAUCAAUUCAAAAAUAUUGAAAAAAGUUUAGGAGAGAAAUCAACAGAGCUCAGAAAAUUGCAGAAACAGUUGGAACAGAAAAAUAGAGAAGCUGCCAUUGAAAGAGAAAAAAAUGCCACACUGGAAAAAGAGACAAGAAAACAGCAAGAAAAAGAAGCAUCAUCUCAAGAGCGAUUUAAAGCUCUUGAACAAAAACUCAAGGAAAAGAUUUUGGAUUUUGAAAAUAUAACUGCACAAGUAAAAGAUUUAGAGAUACAGAUCCUCAGUGAAAAAAGACACAGCACAGAAGUGAAGGAAAGAAUGGCUGACUUGGAGCAGGAAAAGAAUUCUAAAUAUGAAGAAGCAAUCUUGGUAAAAGAAAGAAACCAUGCCUUGGAAAAAGCUAUUGAAGAACAAAGGGAGAAAGGAACUAUGAUGACGCAGCACAUAGAGCUUCUGGAACAUCAACUCAAGCAAAAGGCAUUGGAAUUUGAGAAAAUAUCUACUGAAGCAAAGGACUUAUGGGAACAGGUUACUAAUCUAAAAAAGUAUAACAGCGAGAUGAAGCAAAAAACAGCUGAACAGGAAUUACAACUCAAUUCUCUGUCAAGUUUGGUUACAACUAAAAAGGAACUGGAAAACGUCAUUGAAAAAACUAAAUGUGAACUUACAGUUGUGAGAGAAAAUUUAGCACAACAGGAGGAGAUAAACGAGCUGAAGACCAAGGAGUUGCAGUCAUUGAUUCAGGAAAAAGUACUUGAGUCGGAAAAGCUGCUAAAGGCAAAACUGGAGCUUCAAGAAAAGUUUGAUGCUACUCUAUUGGAAGUGGAUGGUCUACGUUCUGAGAAAGCAGAACUUAUCAUCAAGAAUGAAGAAAUGCAGAGGACUUUAGCUAACUCUAAAGAGAAAGAAACAGAGCUCAACCGGUCUUUUGAUGAACUUAGAGAGAUUCGAAAUGAGAUGAACACCCAAAUGAUUCAGCUAGACAAGGAUAUGAGUGAAUACAAAGAAAAAUCUGAAAAAUAUCAGAAAGAGAAGGAAUGUUUGGAAAUUGAAGUUGAAGUGCUGAGAAAAAAAAUUGAAGAAGAUAAAUCCACAAAAGAUUCAUACGAAAAAGAAGUAGAAAAUCUUAAUGCUACUCUUCUCAAAGAAAGAUUAGAAAGAGAACAAGAAUUUCAAAGCCUUGAAGAAGCAAAAGAACUUUUAAUUAACCAAAAGAUAAAAUUAGCCAGCCAGCUGGAGGAAUUAAACGUACAAUUUCAACAGGUAAAGCAGGAAAAUUCAGAGGAUACAAAGGCUUUGAAGAGUUUGCAGCAAUCUUUAAAGGAGGAAAAUUCAAAGUUACAGACAAAAUUGAUGAGCACAAACGAGGAAUUGGAAAAUUUGAAAAGACAAACAGAUGAAGAAAAAGCAAAGUUUGAAGUAGAGUUGUCAGUUCUCAAUGAGAACUUAACCACUAUAAGAGGAGAUCUUGUUUCAAAUCUUGCAGCUUUGGAGGAGGCUAACAAACUCAACGACCAAUUAAUGGGGGGAAAACUUGAAAUGGAGGCUAAAUUGGAAAACAACAACGAUGAAAGGAGAAUAUUACUUGAAAGGUGCUUAACAAGUGAGGAAAAAUGUGAGAACCUAAGACAAGAAUCAAUAGACUUAAGAAGAAAGUUGGACGAUACACAGGCAGCUUUACAAGAGUUGGGAAGGGAGAACCAGUCAUUACAGAUCACCACUACUAAGGUGAGCAGUAGAAAAUGGGCAGAUGAUAACGAAGUCAAAGAGUGCAUGGGCUGCAACAAAAGUUUCUCUGUAACGGUUAGAAAACACCACUGUAGAAACUGUGGCAAUAUUUUCUGCAAUGACUGUUCAUCAAAAGAAGCCAGAUUGGCUUUAGCUAAGAAGCCAGUCAGAGUAUGUGAUAACUGUUUAAGGGACAUCACUCGAAAAAAAUAAGGCAAAGCUAUUCGGAUUAUGACUGACAAACCAUCAUUUGCUGUUAUUCAUCAUAUAUUAUUCGAUAUUGAACCUGAAAUCACCAAAUAUUAUGCCUAAGACAAGAACGGACUCCUACUUAAUGAUGGAUUACUAUUUAAUGAAUGUAUUAUUCGAUAACAUAAUUGUUGAUUGUUUUCUUCAAACCACUAUGUUUACAUAUUAUAAGGAUCUACAAAUGGUCGCAUAAAAUCUUUCAUUUGUAUGAACACAGGUGCAUUGUUAAAAAUACAUGCUAAAUAUAUGUUGAAUUCUUAUUUAAAACUUUUUGUUAUUUAGAUUUUAACUUGGUGCUCUCUGAAUUCUUAAUUUAUAUGGAACAUCAUAUUAUGUUGCGUAGUUAUAGUGAACACAGAGUAAAUCUUUUAAGAUGUUCUUCUUAAAAAGUAAUCUGUCAGGAAAUUAAAGCUGAAACUUAGUGGAAACGUCCUCAAGUAGUGUAGAUUCACAGUUGUGAAAAUCAUGACCCCUGGGGAUAGGGUAGGGUCAUAAUAGGGAGUCGAUUUUUUUUUACAUAGGAAUAUAUAGAGUAAAGCGUUAAAAAUCUUCUCAGAAAUAAUUAGCCACGAAAGCUGAAAGUUACGUGGAUGAAUUCUCAGCUAGCAAGUGUAGAUUCAAAGUAAUGGAAAUCAUGACUCCCGGGAGUAGGGUUGGGCAUCUCUGGGGGUUGAACUUUUACUUAGGAAUAUAAAGUUGUUUUUUUUUAAUCUUCUCAAAUAUUAAUCACCCAGGAAAGCUGAAACAUGUGUGAAAGCAUCAUCGGGUAAGGUCGAAUUAAGUUUGUUCAAAUUAUUAUUCCCGGAGGAGGAUUGGGCCACAAUGGCAGGAAUGGGGUAGUUGAAUCAAAGUACUGAAAUACUGGCGGGAGUUGAUUUUAUUGAUUAUUAUUAAUUUUAGAAUUUAUAGCGAUAUGUUUUUUUGCAUGGCAAGUAUAGUUUUUCAUUUGUAUUUGAAUCACGCACGUUUUUAUAUGAAUUCUCGAACUUUUCCGACAAGAAUUUUGAGAAAACCCAUAUGAAUCAUGUUGUGUAAUAUUGAAAGAUAGAAUUAAUUCCGUCAAACUAUGUAUCAGUAAUCGAAAUAUGUCUAAAAAAUUGUACACAUGUCUGGAUCCAAGCAAUAUUGAACUCUAGUCUCGUACAACCAGCAGCAGAUGCUCAACUGGCUCCGUUAGUCUCCGACUACUAAGAGAAACUCUCUGCUUGUCGGAGAUCUACGGACUCAGCCGAGCUUCUGGUUGAACGAGACAUAUUUUGAACUCUGACGUAGAUAUACAUAUGACCACAAAAAAUAGAUCAAAAUUGUUCGUGAAAACAUGACGAUCUAUUUUAAAGGUAUGUAAAUCAAUGGUUCAGCAUACAUUUAACAGAAUUUAUCUAUUAAUUUCAAGAUUUAAGUCUUCUCAGCGGUGAUGAUUUGUGCUUAGGUCAAAACACUGUUUCUCUUAACAAAUAAGGUUUUGGAUAUAUAUGGAAAUGUAAAGAACAAUUUAAUGCACAUGUAUUCCUACUCGAAGUGAGGCAGAGGUUGACCGACAUGUCUAUACAACAAGGUCAUGGCUACUUUGAAAAUUCCCCCAAAUGUAUAAUUUAUAAGCACUUAUGUAAUAAUUUUGAAGUACAAGAAUAUUUAACAAAACCAAUACUAACUGUAUAUGUAAAAUCUAUAAGUAAAUACCGUUUAUCCUCUCAUCAACUCAAGAUUGAGCGUGGCAGAUUUUAUAAUAUCCAUAGAAAUGAGAGAGUUUGUAAACUAUGUUCACUAUCACAGAUUGAAGAUGAGUUUCAUUUUAUUCUGUCCAUUUUAUAAAGAAAUAAGAAAGUUGUAUGUAAAAAAAUAUUAUUAUGAAAAGCCUUCUGUCUAUAAACUUGUCUAUAAACUUAUUCAAUUACUUUCAACAAAGAAUAUCAAAGAGUUGAGCAAUUUGGAAAAAUACCUAUAUAAAUGUUCAAAAUGACGAUAAAAUUAUAAAUACUGUUUUUGUUUUGAGAAUAUACUCUUCAUAAUCCUUUUUGGGAGUUGAUUUUAAUCAACUCUCCUAUGCAGUUACUCUGGCAAACCGAAACUGAAACAGUGUUUGGGCCUAAGCACAAAUCAACACCGCUGACAAGAGUUAGUUCUUGAAAAUAAUCGAUAAAUUCGAUGUAAUGUACGUUGAAGCAUUUUUUUAAAAGGAAACCUAUUUAUAAAGAAAUAGUUGGAUUUUAAAUAGUACGAACAAUUUAGAAGUUUUUUGCAGUCGUAUGUAUUCCUACGCCAGAGCUCAAAUAUAGUCUCGUUCGACCAGACGCUCGGCUGUCUCCGUACAUCUCCGGCAAGCAGAGUAAGUCUAUAUUUAGAGAUCGCAUCAUCAAGCUAUCACGUGACCUGGUAUCUCUUACUUGUCGGAUAUUAACGGAGACAGCCGAACAUCUGGUUGAACGAGACUAGAGUUCAUUAUUGGUUGGAUCCAUACACUUUUUGAAAUAUUUUGAAUACUGAUACAUAGAUUGAUGAAAUCAAUUCUAUUUUUAAAUAUUACACAACAUGAUUUAUAAGAGAUUUUCUCGAAAUUCUUGUCGGAAAAGUCAGAGAAUCCAUACUAUAAAAAUGUGCGUAAUUCAAAUAGAGAUUAUAAACUACUUGCCAAGCAAAAUAACAUAUCGUUGAUUUUAAGAUAAAUAAUAAUCGAUAAAAUCAACUCCAGUCAGUACUUCAGUACUUUGAUUACUUUUGUCACGUACAUUUCGCAGAUUGCUAUGCGCACACGAAGUAUAAUACAAGAUUAUGAUGGUCUUUCUUUUUUUUUUUUCUUUUUUUUUUUUUUAAUGUUUACAUAUGUUUGUUCACUUUACUUAUGUAUAUAUGUCAUACCUAUGAAUCGUAUGGUUCUUGGUAAUAAACAGUACAAUCUUCCGGUGUGCUAGAGUAACUGCAUAGGAUAGUUUAUCAAAAUCAAGUCUCAAAAAAAGUAUUUGUAAUUGAGUGUAAUUAAUUCCAUUUUUCAAAGUAAUUGGAAGUAAUUUGUAAUUGACUUUGAUUUGACACCCCCAAUUUAAAGUAAUUAAAUGUUUUUAAAUACACUCCAAAAAUGUUCAUGUAUUUCAAUUAGGUGUGUUCCCGUUUUGCACACAUUUGAUAAUUAGGUAUAGAACAAUAGGUGUGAUUUGUGUUGUGAUAGCAAUUAUAGUCUGCUUUCGAUCCUUGAUUUACCUGGACUUUUACCCGUGUUUUGUUGUGUUUGGGGUCUAAUAACUAUCACCAUUUUUUUAUUUGAUAAAAUAAAGAUAAUGAUAUUUUCUGCUCACUGAUAAGAAACAUUUGACUUUCACAUUCCAUUUCCCAUGAAACUAAAUUGAUUGAGGAAAAAUUGCAGGUCCGAAGCCAAUUGGAAGCUGAUUCAAUGGAUAAUUAUAUGAUGAAGGGGAAAACUACAUGUACAGUUAUAUGAUGUAAAACGCAUGUUUAUAUUUGGUUGUUUGGUAUAAAUAGAAAGAAUAUUAUGAAAGGAAACCGAUCUUUAUCACAACAUUUUUCAAUCUUUGAAGUAGCGACUUUGACAAUAGUUCUAAUGACAUCACCGCUUUAAUACAUUGCAGGUCACUUUCUGGUUUUUUUUCUAAUUAUUAGCUAAAUACAUGAAGCAUAAAAAAUUCUGACAAAAAUAAUAAUUUUAAUAUUGAUUCGAUAUACCUCAAACAGAAGAAGGUUAAAAAUGCAUGAAUAAGGUCUACAUUUGAUAGGUUUAGUGAACAAAUCUUUACAGUUUUUUAAGCAUACAUUAUAAAAUUGCCGAUUUAUCUUCAUAUCAUCAUACAGUUUGUCUAUUUUCUUUGAUUAUUCAAGCCACAGUUUAAUGAAAAAUGUUUCUCUUCAAACUUGUAUUAUGUACAUGUACUUCAUAUAGACAGUAAGUUUAACAAAAGCACUACAUAUACAACAUUUUUGCAAUAAUCUUUCUUGUUUAAAGAAAUUAAUGAAGUUGGUUAUGACCAUAUUGAUGUUUGAAAUUAGAUUCAAGAACAUGGAUGUCAAUUAUUAUGUAAAUGUGAUUUUAUGCAAGUUAUAUUGUAACAUGAAAUAAAUGUAAAUAUCCAUUGUGAGUAUAAUAUGAAAACCCGAAUAUUAUAAAAUUUAACGAGCUCAUGAAUACUUUGAAUGUAGAAAAACUAAAUAACUUGUCAAGAUUUAUUAAGAAAAUUUUCAAAGUCUAUUCUUCCAGAAACCAACAUCAACAACCAUUUUUAUCAUUAUUACUCCUAAUGUACAUGUGAUCCUUGACAGUUUUUGUGUACAUAUGUAUAUACUGAUUUUGAACCUCAAAUACCAGUGAACUGGUCUUGAGUGAAUAAAGAAUUGAAAAAUUGAAUAGAA